UAAAUACCGCCACUGGGUCGUCCUACCAUCAUCACAUUCUGAGCUUGUGUCUGUUUUGGACCAGGAAGUGAGAGAGCAGAAGCAGAACAGAACUAGGUCUAGAUCUAUUGUCUCGCUCAGCGAACUGUGCACGAUCUACAGGUAUCUUCCAACAUGAUCACGUCGCGCGCUCUUUUGCUGCUUGUUGCACUGAGCCUUGUCAGUGCUUCAACAUCGGCUUAUACUUAUACUACCACCAGACGGUCAACAUCCCCCGGUUAUGACGCACACACGUUUGUUCCCACCGAUGACGUUAGGGUCGUCGCUUCCCCUUCCGCUAUGCACGACGGCUUCACCAAACACUUGUUCAUCAACUGCACCUUCUUCCACGGGCCCAGAUCUGAUUUCAGCUCAGUGAUGUCGCUCAUCGUGUCCAAGACGGCUACCAGCAACGACUACGUGUACAGCGAGAUAGCGACUAUUACGGCCUUUUCGAGCAACCAGGUGGAUGUGAAGAAAGAUCUGGGUGCCACAGUAACGGGCCACCUUCAGGCUAACAGCCAGUCCUUUAUCGCCAUGCAGUGUUAACUUCGACAUGGUUCUCCACAAGAUGGAAGGAAUGGACACCGAAAUAGACGCGCUCAACGCCUACAGGGACAGCAUGACGUCACGGCUGGACGACUCGCUCCAGGCCAUCACGGACGGUCGUGUCUUCUACCAGGGCGGUCAAUACGUCCUGUCCAAGCCCUUCGUGAGCAACGUAGCCAUGGCCGGAAGCCUGUGUCGCCUUUUCGGUGGCUACUUGCUCCAGCUCAACAACCCGGCCGAGUAUACCGUGGUCUCGCAGCUCAUUCGCGACUACUCCAAUGGCGACAUGGUGGCCGUGGGUGCAACGGACGAGGCUGUGGAGGGGACCUGGAACUUCCUGCAGUCCGGCACUGCGAUGAGCACCUCGUUCCUGGAGUGGGCCAGCCAGCAGCCGGAUGGAGGCCGCACCGAGAACUGUCUGUACCUGUCCACCAACAGAACGUCUGGCCUGGCCCAGGCCUACGAUGACCUCUGUUCUGUGUGGUCGGUGGACAGGUUUGUCUGCGAGAUCCGACCCUGAGACUUUGGAGGCUGGAUUAUUUUUUCUUUUUUUUUCUUUUCUUUUUUUU